CAAGUUUUUACUCUUGCUCAGGAGCUUUGUUUACUUCCGGUUAAGUUGUCAAAAGUAAACUGCACAAACAUUUUGCAUUUGCUGCCUAGCAUGCUGUUUGCGUAGAAAGAUUUACUACUAAUUACCAACAUGCCAGGAGAGCACAAAUUAGUGACAAUUGCGGAGCCAGCUAUUCAACAUAAGAAAAGAGCACAGAAGGAAGUUUAUAUUCCAAGUGUGACAUGCAGUGAGCCGGCCUUACAGAGCAAGAAGAGGGUGGAGCCACCAUUCCUAAAGACCGUGCCAGCUAAAUCUGACUUUGAUGGAGUUCCACUGCAGAGUAAAAAGAGGGUCCCAUCUCCUCCACCAAGAUCAAACGCUCAAGAGCCUGUUAUGCAGGCAAAAAAACGGGUCUUGACUGACUUAACUAAGUCAAGUAUUUCAAAACCUCUAAACAUAGAUCCAGUUCCAAUUCAAAGCAAAAAGCGUGUUGAAAAACCAGGGGAAAAUAAGCCCGUUCAAAGUGAGCCCCCUCUCCAGAGCAAGCGCCGGACACCAGGUAUCCCGGCAACCCUAAUCAAUGGUUUCCAUGGUGAUGGUGGAGGUAGAGAGGAGUAUACAUUACUAGGCAACCAGGACAAAUUUACAGAAAAUGUCAAGUACAAGGUGAAGUCCAACAUGUACACGCGAGACAUCUCCCCGCCCAAACAGAGGAAAAUACAACAGAAGGAGAACAAGGCCCCAAGUCCCUCGCGGGCCCCUGUUGUGGAUACCCGUCAAUAUGGGCAGCCUGAGACCCCACUAGCCCCUCGUAGACCUAAAUCCCAGCCUGCUCCAGAAGUUAGACUAGUAAAGGAAGUCAGAAUGUCAAAAGAGCUUAAAGUGGCACAGGAGCCCAAAGUCAGCAAAGAGCCACAAAUGACCAAAAGUUCAAAGGUGGCCAGUAACGAUGUUAGGCAAAGCAGGAUCAAAUACGAUGAGGCCAGAAACUUGGACCGUGCUGGGCCAGUGAAGGAAUCUCAAAAGGUGAAGAGGAUUGAGAACAUGAAUGAGAUCACCCAGACCAACAUGGAGAAAGGCAUUGCUGAUUCUGUACCCGAGGCCCCUGCUGACUAUGCACUGAAGUACAAGACUGGUAUAUCUGCCCCAAGGCCUACUAAGAAGUUGUCUGAAUACCAGAAGCAGUUUCAGUGGAAAGCUGGGAUGCCGGCUUCACCUCUCCUCAAGGCUGAACAGAACAUCGGCCCCAAAGAGGUUGUUUACAACAGCAACCCACAGCUGUCACCGCCCAAGAAGUCAGUGGUUUCCAAGGUAACAGAAUACCAGAAACAGUUCCGGGAGUACAAGUUGGUCCCCGUACCCAGGGAGGAGCAGGAUCUACAGCCUAGCAAGAAGGUCAAGCUGCAGAAAAGUAAGAGUAUGGAAGAUCUGUCACCAGCAGAGAUCAAGCCAGCUGGUUCUGCCCCAGUGAUCACCCCUAACAACAAGAGGCUCACCAUGGCAACAGACCAGAAACAACCAGAUCUUGCACCAGAAGUACCUACGAAGAAAAAUAGGGCCUACCACAGUGAGUACAAUUCCAACUAUAAACCUCCAACACGUUUUGACUACGUCAGAGGGUCCUGGCAAGGGGCAAAACCUCCUCAGCUCAAAAUACGGGCACCCGAGGAGACAACACAAGGUCCCGUUUUGGCCAACUGGUUUGCAGAGGUGAUUGAGUUGCGCAGGAAGGCCCAAGAGUACAGGCAGCGGGCUCUGGGAACCCACUUUUCUCGUGAACACCUUGUCCAGCUCAUGGCAAAACAGACUGAACUCUGGGAGGCCUCAAAUACCUCUGCACGCAGCACUGUGUCCGCACUCAACCUAGAGACUGGUCUACGUGCACAAAAACAAGCCAGGCCCACUGUUGAAGACCAGGCUGCACGGAGACAAGCUUACUGGGAGGGAGGCUCCAUGGCUGCCACAUUACCAUCAGAAGAGGAUGAUAGCACUGCCCGACUCAGUGUUCUUGAAGAAAUCCCUGCCCCCAGCAAGGAGGCAUGGGUCGAACAGGAGCCAAUAGAACCAGGGUUACAGACACCAUCAACCUUUUCCGCCUCAAGGGCUUCUCCUGACCCAGAACUUUUCCCAGUGGAGGGGGAGAGCCAGCAACCAGCCCAUGUAAGGUCCCAGAGUACCCUCAAGUCUGCCGGGAACCGACGGCGCCACCACCUGGACCGUACCACUCCUUCAUUGGAUGGUGCUAUUCUCGGAGCAUCAGAGGCACAGAAGAAACAUCGCUCAGGGAAAAGGAUUGUCAGCAAGUCUGUUGAUAGUGUUUCUCUAGGUACUAUGGAUGAACCAACACCUCGUUAUGAAACACCCAUCAGGGAACACAGACCAUUGGCUGGACAGAAGACAUACACCGCUUGCAGUGGGCGUAUCCUUGCCACCCCAACUUGUGGGCUGCCCUCACGCGACACACACGCCCUACGAGAUGAUGAUGCUUCUACUGACCGGCCCCUUCAGACACAAUUUGUUGACAACAUUGCAAAGCCACGUCUGACCCCAGGACUCUUGUCUACCAUAGGGGAGGGAUUUGGACAAACCUACAACAAGACACAGGAUUGGCAAGGCCUUCACAUACCGCGGUGCCAUGUUGAUGACGAUGUUAAGUCGAUAUCGACCCGAUCAUUUGCAUCCAGCUGCUCUCUGGCCUCCGCCACACUUGAGCGGGCACGUAAACGCUCCCAGGACUUCUGGGGCAAGAGUGAUGUCUCAGCCAAGUAGGGAAGACAUCUUAGUGUACCAGGGGAGAGAAUGUUUGACAAUGGGAAACAUCUAUGUACCAGGGGAGAGAAUGUUUGACAAUGGGAAACAUCUAUGUGAAAGCGUCUUUUGUUAUCAAUAAUGAAAAUGUUGUUUUAAUUUAGAUUAGGAGCUAGGUUUAACUAGCAGUAUGAGUUUGUGUUUAGAGUUUUAAACAGUUUAUAUAUAUUUUUUUUUAUUUUUUAACGUUAAGACAACAGAAUAUAGAUGUUUUCUAUUAACAAUCGUUUUACUAAAACAGUUUCAUUUGUGCCGUCCAUAUAAUUUGAUUUUAGAAAUAAAAUUUUGUUGGCUAGUAUUUUUACCAUUUCAUAUUAUGUUGAAGUUAUUAAUCAUUCAUUGAUUUUCAAUAAAAUGUUUUGUCAUGCUUGGCUUAAGCUCAUAGUUUUUAACUGUUUUAUUUUAAUGCUUACCUUAUUUAUGUAAAAAGGACUGUGAUAUCAAGUUGUACAAGAUGAAAUGUGCCAACAUUAACAUCUGCGUAACAACUUACUUGUAUAUUUUUUAUUCUCAACUGCUUAUUGAAUAUUCUUUUAUGUUUAUUUUAAAACGUUAAGUAUUGUGUUGAUAUAGGCGUAUAUAUUACAUUUAUAUUUGUUUUCCUAUUUAGUUUUGCCAGUAUGUUUAAGCACAAUUAUUAUCACUUUCAUGAGGGACCAGUUGUUGUUUUUAGACCAAUUAUUUCAAAUAUUUGAUACAAUUACUCCUAAAUAAAACAUAUCACAUACCUUACCUGUCAUUAUUUUCUCAUGAUGAAUUUUAUCCAGCCAUCAACUGCCUCAGAUUGUUUUUUAUUAACAUUGGCAUUUGCAACACAGUGAUAUUUAUAGGUAGUAAAAAAGAUGUUUGUUUUGCUUUUUAAUAAAAUAUUUUGAGAUGC